AUGGGCGCACGACCGCAACUAGCCUUUGUAGCCCAAGUCGCUACCGCCACCGACAAAUUCCGCCCCGAAACAUGCUGUGUAGUCGGGAACUACUAUUCGAUGAAAUCCGAACACGAAAAAGCAGUCAUGUACUUCCGUCGUGCACUAACCCUGGAUCGCAAUUUCCUUUCCGCCUGGACACUGAUGGGCCACGAGUACAUUGAGAUGAAAAACACACACGCAGCCAUCGAAUCCUACCGUCGUGCUGUUGAUGCCAACCGCAAGGACUACCGAGCCUGGUACGGUCUUGGUCAAGCCUACGAAGUCCUCGAUAUGUCCUUCUAUGCUCUGUUCUAUUACCAGCGCGCCGCAGCACUCCGACCCUACGACCCGAAGAUGUGGCAGGCCGUCGGAUCCUGCUACGCAAAGAUGGAGCGCUUUGAACAAAGUAUCAAGGCUCUGAAGCGAGCCCUUGUAGCAGGUUCUUACUACGCCGACGACUCCUCACACCACCCAGGAAGUGCCCCACAUGGCCGCAAAAUCCUCGACCCUGAAACACUAUAUCAGAUCGCGUCGCUCUACGAGCGCCUUGACGACGAAGAGGAAGCGGUCACGUACAUGGAACUCACUUUACAACAAGAAACAGGCGGACAGCCAAAUCAAGAUGAGGAAUCCGAAGCAUCAGAAAGUGAUAACGACGAUGAUCAAACCACGUCGGGACACCGUCGACGGGCUCGACGACGCCAGAACGACGAGGACGAGGAGACAUGGCAUGGUACAGGGCCGACAGCUACAACCUCAAAAGCGCGUUUAUGGCUUGCCAGGUGGUCCUUGCGGAAUGGUGAUUUGGAACGUGCAGAUCAGUUGGCGGGAGAGCUGUGCCAGGAUGGGGUGGAGGUUGAAGAGGCAAAGGCGCUGAUGAGAGAUGUUCGGGCGAGGAGGGAGGCCGCUGAGUGA